GACUUUCAUUAACACGUCACCUGAUUGGAGCAUGCUUCUAGCCGCUAUCACCAUAAUCUUCUUGGCUGUUGAGAAGCAAUGGAUGAUGCUUGAUUGGAAACCUAGGCGGCCUGACAUGCUCAUUGACCCUUUUGGUCUUGGGAGAAUUGUUUAGGAUGGUUUGGUGUUCCGGCAGAAUUUUUCUAUUAGAUCAUAUGAAAUAGGUGCCGAUCAUACAGCUUCUAUAGAGACAUUGAUGAAUCAUUUGCAGCAUGUGUCUGAGAUUUUUUUUCAUGAGCUAUUGCCUUAUUCCUCUUGCUUUUGGUUCCAGGAAACUGCCCUUAAUCAUGUUAAGAGUGCUGGACUUCUUGGUAAUGGUUUUGGUUCAAUGCCAGAGUUGUGCAAGAAGAAUCUGAUAUGGGUGGUUACACGAAUGCAAGUGGUGAUAGAUCGCUAUCCUACUUGUGGAGCUGCAAAGUUCAAUCCAUCUAUCUUAGGUCUCCAAUCUUCCAUCUCACUAAGGAGGGAACUAAAAUACUGCACAGCAUGCUCUUCAAUCUCAGCAGGUAAGGUAAGUGGAUUAUUUUCAGUUCUUAACAUCUCAAUAGCAUUGUUACGUCUAUGAGAAUUGGCCAUUUUGUGGAAGAAGCUAGUACACUUAUCACCCUCUUUAAGCCAAAGAACUCUCAACUUUUGCCUCCAUGAUAUUUCUUCCCUCAAAAGAACCCUCUCAAGUUCUAUUUUUACUUCAUUUAUCCUAGACAAGCUCUCCUUGCUAUCCCCAUCAGCUUCCAAGGAUUGAAGUUCUUCCCAAAGGGCUUUUUUCUGCUGCUCAACAUUCCC